CCGACCUUCUGAUUAGUGGCUGACCUGCUCUGCCACCUGAGCUACAGCCACUCCAGUUGCAAUAUUCAAGAUCAAAAAAAUGAAUCUUCAAAUUUUGUAGCUUCGUUUAGAUUUCUGUAUAGAAAAAAAAGAGGGACUGAAUCAUUCUCCGGGGUCUCCCAAUUUAUGGUUAUACUGGUCAGUUGCUGUGCAUUUCUAUAGCUAACACCUGGAUUCAUAGACAGCAAAGAUUUCUAAAAGCCUCUUAAUUAUUCAUGUUAGACUCUCCAGCCUUUUUUAUUUCACAGUGUGGCAGAAAUCUCAGUUCUUCAAUAGUUUGUGUUGGAGAAAGUUUUUAUGAAUGAACCUUAAAAAUCAUAGUAAUGAAGGUGUAGUUUUUACAGUGAUAUUGUGGUGUCAUACCUUUAAUUAGAGCGGGGCAUUUACGAUGUAUUUAUGAUUGUAUUGUUUUUUUGUUACCUCUCUCGUGAAGCACUUUGUGACAUCUGUCUGUGAAAAGUGCUAUAAAAAUAAAGUUUUACUUACUUACUUAGUGGGUUAUUCAAAUCUAUUAAUUCAAAGAACCCUAACGGUACCUGUAAUUUUUGGGUUGGGAAGAGUUAAUAUUUUUCUCCUUUUUACAGUUAACCAAGUUUUCAGAAUGACUUAAGCCAAAAACAUCAUUUGUGUUCAUGUUAUUGUGCUUGUAUAAACCAGUGACUUUUCUACAUUCUACAGAUUCUCACUGAAGGUACUGAUGGCGUGUGCUUACAUCAUUAACUUCUUUGUUUUGUUAGUCUGUAGUAAAGGCUUUGAUCAGCUUGCUUCCUUUUAAUCAGCCUUGAAUAAACAUAUUUUUCUCACUGUGCAUGUAUUUCUUCAGCAUCUUUUACCUGCAGUUAAUGUGACAGGCUAUCUUCAUAUCAUGUAUGCUUUGCAGUACGUCAAUAAACUGAGAUGCAGUGAUGUGAAUCUGAGUUCAUGUGUUUAUUUAGGUGCUUCGCGCAGUUUCUCCUUUAGUCAGAGAGAUCGCUGACUAAAGGAGAAACUCUGGGGAUUAUGAUUUGGAGCAUAUGUCUACACAUGUCUGUACAUGAGGAUGCUGAUAGUUGUGCUUGCUAUAGUCAAUGCUGUCUUCUGUUUGGUUGCAGUUAAAAUAAAACAAAAUAGGAUGAUUGAAAACUGAUAGUGACAGUUAUGUUCAUGACACAAAUUUCUGUUAGGAAAGUCUACAAGUUGCACAGCACGGAGUCCUUGAAUUUCCUAAUUUCAUGCUGUUGUGGAGUUUCACAGAAAAAGAUUGGAUAUUAGAGGAAUACAACCACUUGUACAAAGAAACUGAAAAGCUUUAAACUUUCUGAAUGAAUACAACCUGAAGCAACACGUCAUCCCAACUAUCCCCAAACGUGUCCAUCCCUCACAAAUAACAGGUGAUUAUGUGUAAAACAUGUUGAAUUAAAUAAUAUUAGCAAAUAGGGUUAAACCACUUACUUAUUAAGAAAUAUGUCACUACUGUAUACACUCCCUUCUCCUAUCUUUUCCACAGGAGCUUAACUGACCCCAUCCUCCUCAUCUCUACUCCAUCAUCUGCUCUCCCCCUGCCUCCUAAUAUGAGUAUAUUAGGAGUAUAUUGCAAUAUGUUCAGAUAGCAUGAUUUAAAGAGUGGAUGUGUCUUUCUGCUGAAGGCCUAGCUGGUGAGUCGAGGGUUGGAGAUUGUGUCAGCUUAUUACAGCUGAUUAUCUGUAAGGGGAUUAGAAGUACAGGAUGGUGAGUUAACAGGCACUUCAAAAUUGCUCUUCUCAGCUUCAAUAUUUGCUUUGUGUCAGAGCUCACCUUGCUCCGGGAUAGCGGGAGAUCAGCACGACAUUGGACUAGCAGCAGGUGUUAGAUUUCACUACCCAAGUGCUCUAAUGCUGAUCAUGUCAAGUUGUGGUCUGCAGUCAGGAGUGCCUAAAAUAUCUCUGUAAGCUGCUUAUGACACUCAGCGGGCAGCAGCCUCCUUCCUGCUCCAUCCUGCAGCUUUCAUUUAAAGAAAAGUCCACACUGAAGCCUGACCUCUGACCUCUGAACCUCUCGCACCUGUGUGGACUUCACAAUUGAGCCACCAUACCCCAUCUGCCUGAUGGUUCAUGACAGCAAGAUUCAAACACCUUAGUUUAGACUAGUUCUCAGAACUGUUUGUCCAAAGGGAAGUUUUUCUUAUUUCGAAGAGAUGAAAUGAAGGCCUGAUUGGAAACCAGUCAGAGUGCACACAGCCAGCUUCUAAAAAGCCUGAUUGCUCUGUGCCUUCGUCUUUACAUAUUCACGCUCACAAUUGAUUUACAAAACACUCCUUACAUUGUGGUACAUCUUAUCUCCUGUUGUGUUUUUCUGUGUUUUAUCAAUCAUUUAUCAAUCAUAAAUGAUUGAUAUUUAUGAAAAGUGCAACCUUAAAUAUUUCAGUCGGUGGGCCUUUAGAAGCUUCAGCUGUGAGCAAAUGAAGUGAGAAUGAUGAAUUUGGUGGCUUAAAAUUAUAUUAAUUUGUAAACAAGUUUCAGUAUUGCAACAAAAAGGCAUAUGCACAAACAAUAUGCUGUCAUGUUGUUAUGUAGAACAUAAACUCUUUAGCUCAGACAGCCUGACAGUAGAUUGUUAUGCAGCACCUUGUGGUCAAAAGUGUUCAUGCACACUGAGGGUGGCCACCUUUUGGCCAUGUUAGCAGCUUCUUAGCCGUGAGUCACUCAGAAACCUGAGAACGGUCAUGGCAGUUGGGAAGGUGACAUUUAGCAAGGUGGAGAGAGAGAAGCUAGCUGAGGUUCUCUGGCUGCUUAAUUGGAUUUCUGUAGUGACAGGAACUAUCCUCUUUGGCCUUGGCUUGUUCCUCAGAGUAGAGAUUCACAAAUGGCAAGAAGUGAUGUCGGAGCAGGGAAUCCUCUAUGUGCCACAUAUGCUGAUCACCACAGGACUAGCAGCCUGCUGCAUCAACUUUUUCGGUGGCAAGAUCUGCCUGGACUGUGCCGACACCAACAAGUUCUUGCGCUGGAAGCUGGUGAUGAUGCCGUACAUCAUAUGCACCUUCUUCUUCACCUCUUGCGUCCUGGCAGGGGCGCUCAUGUGCUACGGCAUUCGUAGUCAAAUGGAGGAAUCCCUGUUUAUGGGCCUGAGGAAUGCCAUGCGAUACUAUAAAGACACAGACACUCCAGGCCGCUGCAACCUGAAGAGAACUGUGGACCUACUGCAGAUCCAGUUCCAGUGCUGUGGGAACACAGGAUACCGAGACUGGUUCCAGAUCCAGUGGAUCAGCAGCCGCUACCUGGACAUGAGCAGCAGUGCUGUGGUAGAUCGUAUGAGGAGUAAUGUGGAGGGGAAGUACCUGAUGGAUGGUGUUCCCUUUAGCUGCUGCAGCACCUUCUCCCCUUGGCCCUGCAUCCAGCACCAUCUCAGCACCAGCUCGACCCAAGACGAGCAAAGCCAGCAGCUGAACCUGUGGCGGCGGGGCUGCAGACAGGCCCUGCUAGACCACUACACCGGCAUCAUGCAGUCGAUCGGCCUCACCGUGCUGCUCAUCUGGCUUUUUGAGCUGCUGGUUCUGACAGGUGUCCGUUAUCUGCAGACGGCCAUGGAGAACGUUCUCCGGCUGGGUGAUCCAGAGUCGGAAUCAGAUGGUUGGAUUUUGGAAAACAGCCUGGCAGAAACGGCCCGGUCCAACUUUAACAUUAUUAAGAACCUAGGAAAGUGUUACCAGGUCGACGACGACCCAAACAUCAAUGUCCCGACUGCUGCUGCAGAGGAGGAACUGCCAUCAUAGCAGGUCCAGGUCCUCGUGACCAGCUAGCCUCCAGCCUGUGGAGUCAUGGACAGCAGAAGGAAUGAGCUGUUCCAAAGAUGCUUUUGACUCGGGAUAGAAAUCACUUCAUUCUCCAGGAUGCAGAGUGAAUCAAGUGGAUCUGACACGUUUAGCUUCGUCCCAGAGACAAGAACAAAAACUUGAUUGUUUGAUCGAAACAAGUUCGGAACAGUGGCUAAACUUUACCUGCUGAGUCCUUAGAGCUCUCAGAUUUAUGGACCAACAAGGUCUUCUGCCUUCAGAUACGUGAGUUUGAAUAGGUUUUACCUUGAUGACAGGUUUAUAAAUGAACUCUUUGUGACUUUUUUUUUAUAUGAUAAGAGGAGUUAUUUUUUAUACUUGAAGUAAAUUACAAAGCCAUGAACUGGUACUUUUUGGUCUUUGAUUGCAUUUUUAAUAUUUACCAUUCUCCAAAGAAGUCUGAUCACUGUGAAAAAAAAAUCAACAGCCCAUCAGUUAAAGCCUGAAAACAGUACAAGUACAGGUUGGACCAUUUAUAUGGACACACCGUAAUAAAAUGGGAAUGGUUGGUGAUAUUAAAGUCCUGUUUGUGGCACAUUAGUAUAUGUGAGGGGGCAAACUCCUCAAGAUGGGUGGU